GUCGCCAUCCGCGGGGCCGCGCUCGCCGCCGCCCUGGGGCGUUCGAGUCGGGCCGCGCGUCGCGGAGCGCACCUGCCGUGCGCGCAGCCGGCCUGCGCCCGCGCGCCGAGGAUGAGCGCUGGAGACGGCGGAGGGCUGGCCGCAUGGAGCGGGGUGGCGAGGUGGGCGGAGAGCGCUCGGAAGGUGGUCGCGGAGCAGGCGCAGGGCGCCUACGAGCAGGUGCAGAAGGGCGCUGGGGACCUGGAGCUCGGCGGAGCGCUCGGCGAGGGCAGCCAGCAGUGGGUUGGCUGGGCCAAGGGGGCCGCGGACCGCGCGAGGCUCGGCCUCGCCCAGGCCGCCGAGAAGGCGAACGCAGCAGACUUGGGGUCUGUCGUGGGCAAAGUCACCGAGAACGCUUCCAAGGCCGCGCGCCCUCCAUGCAGGGCCAGGACUGGCGG